UCAACCAUUGCAAUCUCUCUGAUUGUUUCCUCUUUCUCUCGAAACUCUCCAUCUUCAUGAAAUAAAAAUUCUCAAAACUCUCAAACUCUCUCAUACCAACUCUAAUGGCUUCUCCAAAUCCUUCUUCCUCAAAAACAUCUGAAUAUCAGUUCCACUUUCUAGUGGAUUGUUUUGAAGAUAAGUAUUUCUCCAUUGGUGAACCUACUCAAGGGGAGCUACGUCCAUUAUCUUUAUCACCCUCCCUUCUAUUUGUUCUACCUAGAUCAUCUUCUCCGAGUUCCUUCCCUUAACUCUUCUCGAGAACCCUCAUCUCCACAGGACUAAAGAGUCAUCUUUUAAGGAGAAAAAUAUAAAUAGUGAUAGGAUAUUGUUGUUAAUCCCAAAUAUAUUCCACUCAUCACAACCACUAUUCUUGGCUAUAAGAAAAAAGUUACUCAAAUAAUUAAGACUACCCACGAGCCUAAAAUAAAAUCAGUGUCGAAUAAUCCAUCUUUAUAGCUUCCUAGAAUCCCUAACACAAGAAAAUGGACUCCUAAAGUAAAAGAGGAUACAGAAGAAAAAAGAGCUAGCGUGGUCUGAGGAAAGAACAAAAUAAGCAAUGAUGGUGAACUAGCUGAUUAGAAGAAUAUGAUGAGAAGAUGGAAGCUAGGAAAAAUGAAGAUGUCCCAAUUAACAAGGAAAAAAUCUAUAAGAACUAUGAAAAGUUCUUGAGACUUGGCCCUAUUGGGUACUACUCCACUCAACUAAUGCUAAGGGGAAAACCUUUUGAUGAAGAGGUUCUGAAAUUUGUUGAUGGACACCAAUCUGAAGCUAGUGAAGGCACUACUGAUGGCUACCAAUCUGAAGCAAGUGAUGGUGGUUGUGAUGUCGAUGAAUCUAUAGCUAGUAAUAAAGACUGUGAUGUUAAUGAAUCUGAAGUCAGUGAUGGAGCAAAAUUUACAGAUGAUGGUAAAAACUAGUGUUGUCUACUAUAUGAAGUUAGUGGGUAUUCGUCUCAUUGAAAUAUGACUAUGGCUAUCUUAAUACUUUCUUUAUAGACAAUGUUACUGGUGUAUUUUAAAUCAGAAAUUUUGAAAUAUCAUAAUUCUUGUUGUGAACAUCGGUAUUGCUUUUGAAAGUACAAUACAAUUAUCCAACAUGCUGAAGGACAUGCAA